GUUGGAAGGUUGUCAGAAAGCCUCAACAGCUGGUCGGUACCGCGGCUAAUUAACAUACAAGCUGUUUAUUCAAACACACAACUCCUCCGGGUUUCCUGAGGACUUCCGUGCUGCGUGUCCCUGCACUCGGACAGAGCACCGCAACCUGUUUUCUCCAUUUUUUCCCCCCGUCUUUUUCUUCCCUCGGCUCCAUCUGCGGACAGACAAACUGCAGGAUGACAACACAUUUCAGGAGCGGCCCGGCUUUUGGACUUUCUGCUGAGGUCAAGAGUAAGCUGGCUGGGAAGUACGACCCACACAAGGAGGAGGAGCUGAGGCUGUGGAUCGAGGACGUGACCGGCAAACGAAUUGGAGAGAACUUCAUGGAGAGUCUGAAGGACGGAGUGUUGUUGUGCGAACUCAUUAACGUUCUACAGCCAGGUUCAGUGAGGAAGAUCAACCACUCCAGUCAGAACUGGCACAAGCUGGAAAACAUCGGGAAUUUUGUCCGCGCCAUCACGGAGUACGGCCUGAAGCCGCACGACAUCUUCGAGGCCAACGAUCUAUUUGAGAACGUCAACCACACGCAGGUUCAGUGUUCCCUCAUCGCCCUGGCUGGAAUGGCCAAAUCUAAAGGUUUCCAUUCAAAGUACGAUCUGGGCGUCAAGUACGCUGAGAAGCAGCAGCGGUACUUUGCUCCCGAGAAGCUCAGGGAAGGACGGAACAUCAUCGGCCUGCAGAUGGGAACCAACAAGCUCGCUAGCCAGAAGGGCAUGACCUCCUACGGUACACGACGCCAUCUUUACGAUGCCAAAAUCGCCAUGGAUACCCCAGUGGACCAGUCUACAAUCAGCCUACAAAUGGGCACCAACAAGGGGGCCAGUCAGGCUGGCAUGAUGGCACCAGGAACCAGGCGGCACAUCUUCGACAAGAAGCUGCAGCUGGAGAAAUGCGACACCUCCACCAUCUCCCUGCAGAUGGGCACCAACAAGGUGGCCUCCCAGCAGGGCAUGACCACCUACGGCCUGCCGCGCCAGGUCUACGACACCAAAUACUGCGCCAACCCCGUGGACACCUACUACAACAACGGCAGCGAGGCAGAGUUCGACGGCUACAACCAGUACUCUGACUAAAGAAGCCACGCCCCCACAGCCCCUCCCCUUCCCUUUGCUUUAACGCCAGACAUCCCUCCACAGCUGUCUCUGCGACAAGCAAAGCCUCCAGACUCUAAAUGACGUCGUGGCGUCAUUAGUUCCCCCAAUCGUUUUUUUCAAACAUGUUUUUACGCCGAAGGAUUUUAUAUUUUUGCUUUUCCAUGAGCACGAGAUAAAAUAAAAUGUUGUUUACACUGGCCUUGUGUCACAAAAAAAGGUCAUGCUGUGGCUGACUUCUGUUGCCGUGGUUAUUUGUAGAAAAUACCCAUGCUGCAAAAAGUAGAGAUAUAUUGAUCUUUGCUAUUUAUAGUUUUUUUUUUUUUUUUACUGCUUUUUUUUUUUAUUCAGAUUUUAACUCCUGGUACCCUUAACUUCUCGCUGUUGCCUUUCCAAACAUGUUUGAACACUGAUGGGAGUAGAAUCAGGAAGUUGGUGCUAUUGAACUUUGACCCAACCACAUUAAAGGCUCCGCAGGCUGGAAGGAAAGUUUGGGAAGGAAACAUCGGAGCCACAGAUUGAUCUGUAAAACGACAGAUGCCGAUCCAGCAACGUCGGCCAUCAAACGGCGCUGACCUGUGUGGCUCGUUGGCGGCAUUCGGGGUUCUGAGGAAGCGUUCGGAAUGCUUUUCGGUCACAACUGUUCACCGCUUUCACAGAGGAACACACGUCUGUGUAAUGAUGUGUAGUUAGAGGUGUGGAGAACAUAUUUAUCAGUAGUUUCUUGUAUUGCACGCAAGUCCACUUAAGUCACCCUUUGUUUUGUCAGCAGUUUCCUUCUGUAGUUAAUUUAGGCGUUGGUGUUGUUGCUUCACUUGCACUUGAGGUUUUGUGCAGAAAAUGGUGGUGGAAUGUUACAAGCUACAAUUCAGAAAUUACAAAUAAUUUAGUAUCGCUACAGUGGCGCCUCGGGUUAACACAGUUAAAGAACCGCAACCAUUAGCAAUUUAGUAAAACCUGCAAAUAACUGAGACUCCUCAAAAGUUUAUAACUAAGGGCGCAACGAUUGCAAUAUUUUGGCCGAUCGACCAUUAAGGAGCCUGACAAUUUAUUUUUUUUCCCCCUCUAAAUGUAGUGACUAAGUUGGCAACAGUAGGGUGACUAAUGUGACGUAGUGGCCAGAUUUCCGUCUGCGCUCUCGCUGCAGAGAAAUGGGGAAAGAGGCUGAUUCUUAGACCUUUGCAGAUGUAAAUAAAACCCAAACGCAUGUGCUGAUUACCAAAAUUAAGUAAAUCUGAGUAAACCCCCCACCCCCACAUCAAACUGCAACACAUGGGGCCAAGCAUGAAGAGCAGGUAGUGGGAACAACGUGCCACCAUUCUCAAAUCUGAUUGGCUUACAGACGAGGGCUGAGCAUCAGCAACGGCAACUAAUGGAAAACUGGGCCUAUAGAAAUAUUUAUGAUCACUUUAUUGUAGGGUUGCAGAUGCCACUCAUUGUGAUGCAUUAUCCAAUUGGUUCAAUUAAUUGGCUGUAUGACUAAUGGAAGUACGCCAUCUAGUGUCGCUUGCAUGACUUAUCAAUCCACCACUUUUAAAAUUGUUUUGCAUUUACUGAAUUCCAAUUUAGUUGUUUUUUUAUUAUUUUUUUUGGAUUGCAUUAAACUGAAUGUUUUCAUGCGGUCGCCACAACAGCACUGAUGUGGGUUUUGUUGUAAAUAAACAGUUUCACCGUAAAUUUCUGUUCCAGGAUCGAGGCCAGGAUCACUGUGCGCCUUUCACUAAAAGAAAAACAAAAAAAACUUUUGUGCAAUAAAAACACUUGAAAAUG